CAACACUGUUCACGUCAGAAAGCUAGAGGCGACACCAGCAAGAGUCACAAACAGUGCCCGCAGCCACCGCCUCAUGGCGUCACAAGACAUCAUGAGUCGGACCGAUCGGGCCAUUAGCACCAGUCGGCAGCACUGCUGAUUGCGCGCCAGCCGUGCGGGUGUGGGUCCGCGGCCUCCAACAUGCGCAUUCCCGACAGCCGUCGCAGGGCGCUCAGUCCGUCGCGCUGCCCAAAGCUGCUCCUCCCGCCUCUCCCCUCCCGCCGCUGCCUGCUGCUCGCCGCGCUCGUCCUCCAACUGCUCGCGCUCGCGCUUCUGCUGCCGCGCCUCCCGCCCAUCCCCCGCCACCUGCUUUCAGCAAACCCCCCUCCGCGCAAUUCUCUUCCGCACGAUUCUCUCCCGCGUGCUCUUCGCGGAAAGCGCGCGGAGGAGCGGGUGGGGGGAGGAGAGGAGGUGGAGGGCCUGGAGGACGACGGGGCCUGGCGACUGUACCAGCGGUGGCGGGGGGAUCUGCUGGGGGGGGGAGACGGGGGAGGGGGGAGAGAGGGGGGAAGAAAAGAGAAGGGAGAUGGCGAAGGAGAGGCGGAGGCAGGAGCAAGCAGGAGCUUGGGAGAGGAUGAGGCGCAGCAGCAGCGCAGGUGGCAGCGGUGUGGGGGCGUGGGGGAUGCCGCGAGCAUGCGCAGUGCGGCGGGCAUGAUGGCAGAUGACACGGCAGCGCGCGCCAUGGGACAGCAGGCACAGCGUGUCACAGCUGGCGAGGCGGCGGGCAGUGCGGUUGGGAGUGGCAGGGAGCGAUUCUUGAUGGUGGAAGUAAAUGGGGGGCUCAACCAACAACGCACUGCGCCGGGGAUUCUGGAGGGGAGGCCCACACGCAAAGCAAGCGUGGCAAAGAUUUGGCCAAGGCUGGUGUGAUGAUCGGGGUUGAGUGAUGGAGCAAGGCGGCCCGGCCCCAGCCUGAGCUUCGGCUCGUCCUCAACCUCUCAGGCAACCCUUUCUUGAUCCGAAAAAAGUGGUUGGGGGUGAUUAUGUUCAGUACGAAACGCAGCAACAAUCGCCUCGUUGUCAGUAUAACCUGGCAACCACCAUCCAGAUAACCCGCGGCACCGCUAGGAAACCAGCAGAGGCAUAAGUGAUGUGGCGUGCACUUAUGGUGCAAGUAGAGGUGGG